CGGGUAACAUGUGCUAACCGUGUGUGAUUACCUUCGCUCUACAACGCGGCUGCAGCAUCCGCGCUAUCCGCGUUAUCCGCACCCCCCGUUUAGGUCGCUCCGCUAUCAAUUGCUUUAUCGCCCUAUCGUCGACCUGUCUCUUUUUUUGUGUCACGAGAAUUGAAGUACCGCGGCAGCGAGAGAGAUCGCCAUUAACAAGUCUUUCGGCCGGAUGCAUAUUGCGUAGACAAUCAUUAGAAAGUGACUAAGUCGAACUUGCAACACAGUUUCUUGCGAGCAAAAUCCAUGCGAGCCAUUAGUGAUACAUGGUUAAACAUCAGUGUCGUGAAGAUACAGUUCAAGAAAGAAAAAAAAUUUUGAGUGCGUGAAAAAUGUGUUUCGAUACUUGACGUACUUUUUAUGUCAACGAUGUUAAUCCGUUGCAUUUUGUAUGUUUGUUAAUUUUUAUUAAUUUUUAAAUUUUACCGGGAAGUUGUGUGAGCUAAAAAUGAAGUGUCGUUUCGCAGUCUCGCGCGGGGUGGUCGUUGAACGACGGAAGCAGGAAGAAAUCAACCGAGAAGGGCAAAAAGCCGGCCGACAGACGAGAGAUCGCACGAGAGAACCUUCAAAAAUAUUUUCCACUUCUGACAAAUGGAUCUUCAAAUACGCAAAAUUAAUUAAUAGUUUAUUUGUUAUUUGCAAGAAUUGCAUAAUCAUAUCAUUUCAAUGAAAGAGAUUGAAAGGAAAGAAGCUAUAGUUUUUCCUCGCGACUAUUAUUAUAACAUUAACAUCAGGUAAAAGUUUCAUUAAUUUAAUCCUCGUGCGUGAACAAGUAAUCGGGACUAAUUUGUGAAUAAUUAAAAAAGUUUAAAUAGCGACAUUAAAAGUGAAAUUGUGUUUAAAGUAUAAUUACAAUGUUUCAUAAAAAUAUAUCAAGUAAAAUUACCAGAAUAAAAAAAAUUCGUGAUACGUUUCACAUAACGUACGUGCGAUAAAAAUAUUUUUCUUGAAUGUUAUUGUUGAAUAUAGCAAAGCGAAAUAGUUUACUACGUAGCGUUAUCGUGCACCGUGUUUAGAUCCGUACUAUACAAAACGGUGCUACCGUGCCCCGCGUAAAUAACUCGCGACUGUGAACGGUUAAAAUCAUUGACGAGAGCAUCAAGCUCGCACCGCAAUCAUGCGACGCGGUGAUACGCAGUGGCGAGAUUCAUCUCCGGAAGUUCGUCAUCCCCUAAGCAUCCCACGGGUUCCCCGUUCUACGGUACAACGACGACCAAGUCCAGAAGACAGCGCGAGGUCUGUGUAGCCCGCGAGUCGUCAUCGGCGGGAGUAUCGUCAGGAACGCGGCGGCAGUUCUGCAGGAGGCUUUGCGCACGGUGGUGAAGGGACAAAGAGAGAAAAAGAAGCCGGAGCAGCAGAGAGAGAGGCGGCGAGAUUUUUCCCCACCGCUUGGAAAAACCAACCCCCCACCAGCCGGGUAUCGUGGGGGCAGGCGGCGGUGGCGGCGGCGUGGAAGAGACGCGCGGCGGGCUGCGGGGGCGACGAAAAGAGGGGGCGAGGAGGGUUACCCAGGGUGGUCUCGGUGGUGGCUGGGGGCGGCAGCCUCAAAAAUACACCGCAACCACACCGCGCGGCUCCACCGCAGAAGCCGCCAUCUUCCACCGCCGAACCGAAACGAGACCGCGCGAGUUAAACACCCUAUCCUACUUCCUCCGAGUAGAAGCUGCCCUGCCACCCGCCGAAGCAACGGCCAGGUGAAGAAUCACCAUCUCCGUGACGGUGACUGAUCCUGACGGCGAGAGACAUUCGGGAUAUCCUGCGAUCCUCGAAGCGGAAAAAUUUCGGAGAUCAGUGUUGAUGUGCGCGAACGAAGAUAUACUGCGGAUACUCGUGAUCGUUGCUUCGAUUGUUGCAAGUUGAAAUCCCAACGUCAGUGUUCACAAAUUUCAAUCGUUAUUUAAUAUAUGUGUAUAUAGAUAAUACGUUUUCGUGAUUGAUCAAGACUUCGAUCGACGAGAGAGAUACACGUGACGUGCGCGGUCCUCGCCAAAGUUCGGCGAAACUUGGCGCGGUGAGCGCCACGUACGGAAACAUAUGGUUGAUUUGAAAAAGCUUUUCGGCAAUAUAUCUCGAUGUACACGAUUUUAGUGAAAAUAUAGAAAAGUAAAAAAAAAGUGUGUGAACGGGAUACCAUCGAUUACGGGGGUCGCCGAUGUGAAACGGUGUUUUAGAUACGCGCGAUAAGAAAGGCACGUUGAGUUAAGUCUACUUCCGAAACUGACUUUCGACGAUCGGAUUUAAGUGUUUCGAACAGUCGCGAGUGCUCCUUCGUCUUCGGCAGGAAGACGGUAGGCGGAAGAUUCGAUCAAAGAAUCGGGAAUACGUAGAAACAAGGGUCGUCGAGAUUGCCGACGAUUCCAAUAAAACGAAUUUUCUCCGCGAGUUGGCAAUUGAGACGAAGAAGAAGAAUUUGCAAACGGAUGCCCUUGCCUCCAUCCCUGUGGCAGGAUAAUGAAAUAAGGAUCAAAGAAGCCUAGGGCCCGCGAGGGCCGAGCGAACCGCCGAAAAGUCGCUCGCGCCUCUCGAUUCCGAAGAAAACAAAUCCAAUUCUCGCGUGCGGAAGAAGAUAUCGCUGUGCAUUCGUAAUGUGUUCCUCGCCAUUGGUGAAAGCAACUUGUGCUCGCAAGGUACUUAGACCGUUAACAAGUGGACUCGAUAUAUUGACCGAUCUCGCGCGUCGAAUAUAACAAUCAAUUCUAACGACAAAACUUGAGAGUUUGCGGAAUAAGGGAUUGUAACUACUUAAAGUAUAUCACAAACGCAGACGUAUCAUCAAAGGACCAAGCAUCAUAUCGAAAUUGACACAGGAAUCGAUCACGUGUACAGAUACUUUGUCUAGAAUUCGGAAGAGAUAAGGCGUAAACAAUUGAGCAGCCGAACUCAUUCGGGAAGCUCGCAGGGAAAGGUGACAUCGCGAUCAAGAAAACCAAUGAUAACGUUCUCAUGACGAAUCCUUCGCGAGAUGCUCGACCCGAGGAUCGGCCUCCCGGUCUAGACUAUCCUGAUCCUAGAUCAGUGCGUGGCAAUCAUCAGGCGCAUCAAUCAGUCAGCCAAAUCGGCGGGCCGAGAAUACGGAGGACCCGGGCCUCGUCCUCGAGGAGAAGAAUGCACUUGGCCAACGAGGUUCCCCCUCAAAGUUCGGCCGGCGGAAAUCAUCUCCCCGAUUAUGCUCUCACCGCCGAUUUGCUUGCCGAGAGAACAUUGGAUGGACUUCUUGCCGAGCAUCCUGGAGAACUUGUCCGCACAGGUUCUCCACAUGUGGUAUGCACGGUAUUGCCGUCACAUUGGAGGUCGAACAAAACCCUUCCGGUAGCCUUCAAGGUAGUAGCCCUCGGAGAGGUCGGAGACGGUACCCUCGUGUCCGUUCGUGCCGGAAACGACGAGAAUUGUUGCGCGGAAUUACGAAAUUCUACGGCUCUAAUGAAAAAUCAGGUCGCCAAAUUCAACGAUCUUAGGUUCGUCGGCAGAAGUGGCAGAGGGAAAAGCUUCACUCUGACGAUCAUGCUGCAGACGUCGCCGCCGCAAGUGGCCACCUUGUCGAAGGCGAUCAAGGUGACGGUGGACGGUCCAAGGGAACCGCGAUCGAAGACAAGACACCAGGCCUUUCAUCCCUUUCACUUCGGACCCCGUCCAUUCCCCUUCGGACACCCGCAGGACCCGCUGGGAUUCAAACUGUCGGGAUUGCAACACCUGGGUCUGGAGCAAGGAGCGGGCCAGGGAUGGGGUGGGCUACCCCGAGGAUCUCUACCACCGCACUGUCUUCCACCGCCUCCCGGUCAUCACCCGCACACACAUCCACAGCCGGUUGGUGCAUCGGCCUUCAACCCCUUCCAUCAUGCCAUCGAACAGAGAUCCCCGAGGUUGCCUGGACCUAACGCCGAAUCUUCGAGGAAUGACUUGGGUCCUAUCAGCGUGUCAGUGAGGGAAGUAACGCCGACAACGUCACCCGGGAACCCCGGACCGGGCUUGUUGACGACGGCUUCUGUGACAGCACCGACGCCUCCCGCCGAGUCGACCACUACUACAACGACACCCAGCCCGUCUGGACAUCAUUCACACUUUCAAGGUCUUCAUUUGCUGGGUGCUACGGGAUCUAUCUUCGGAUCGAUAUUCGCACCAUUGUUACCACAAUCCUCUUGGCUCUACAACCCCCUGUAUCACACGCAACAGUACAUCCUGGAGCCGGAAUGGCACGCUUUGGCCUUGAGAAUGGCUCAACAGCGAUUGCAGAGGCCGGAUCAGGCCCGAUUGGAGGAACUCAGGAAACUUAGAAGCAGCAGCGACAGUCCCGAAAGCAGCACGAAAGACGAAGAACGGAGAGGAGACGAUCAAGGUGCUUUGCGCCGAUCCGGACUGGAUAGUCCUGACGAUAGCAUCGAAGUGGACGAUAAGAACGAUCAAGAUCUGAAUAGAGACCGCACUAGAAGCGAUGAGUCUAUACCCGAGCAAGAUUCUCCGCGAAUCUCACCGAUCAGAAGCGACCUGGAAGAUGCAACAUCCACAGAUGCCACCUUCCAAGAAGCAUCGAUUCAUCUACGGCAGAGUAUAGAGAAUCUAAACGACUCGGACCUCCAAAUCGAUCAGGAUCAGAUCGCUCGUCGUGGCGAUCUCACUGUAAAAAUUCGUCUAGAAGGUACUGUCGAUCUUAGCACGAAGAAGGGUCAAGAUAAGGAAAACGUCGGCCAAGAUCUGACGACGCGAAGAAAGGAGGAUGGGAUAGAUGUCGAAAGGGAAGCCAUUAGAUCGCGAAGAGAGAGAAGUCCUAAACCUAGACAGGUGUGGAGACCUUAUUAAAAAAUAAAGCCAGUACGUUCGUUCUGCGAGAAUCCUUCAGGCGCGACGAUUUUAACGAAUUCGACGAUCAAGACGUGGAAUGGAUUUGAUUGUCGAAUGAGUACAGAUUAAAUUAAAUACGACCUAGGCAAAUUUUAUCACGUGUUUUUUUCAAAACUUCGUUUCGCUGAGAAAUCGGCGAAUAUUGAUCAGUUCCGUCUCGAUAAUCCGAGACUGACCUCAAAAGUGGAGCUUGCACGAUGUUGUAGAAUAGUUUAGCAAUGCUAAGCGAUGUAUCAUCAUCGUCAAGUUGUUGAGGGAUAAACGGAACAUGCCCGCUCGAACAUUUCGCGUAACGUAAUGCGGUAAUCGUCUGCUUGGAAAUUAAUUAUCAAAACUUUCGGACGAACUUAUUUGUCGAAGUUACUUAUCUACUCGUAUGCCCGUUGCGGUAUCGUCUAAGAACUGUCAUGGACUCGAGGACUAACCAGGGUUUACGUUCGCAUAUAGUAUGUACAUAUAUACAAUGACGUCCGAUUAUUAUAUAAGUUAAUGUUUCAAGUAAACGUUAAGCACACUACCCUCUCGUCAUUCCGAUUAACAAUACUUCAACUUUCUGAAUGUCUUAUCGACUACACGAAUAUGCUGUUGAAGCGCGCGCAUACACGUGAAUUUUAAUUCUGAAGAAUUUCUUAUAUAAGGACAUGUGUUCUUCCUCGUUUAUUUUACCUCUUCGAAACACUGUGCUAUGUCGACUGUAGAAAAGAAAAUACUCGUGUGGCAGAUGACAUUUGGGGAGUUUUCUGGUACAAGCGAAAUUACGAGCAGCCUCUACAAUGUAAAUAUCACUAUAUUAAAAAUUUCAAAUUCCGGCCGAGUCACGUCUUUUAUCAAACCAUCGUCUCCUUUUGUGAAAGAGUGUCAAGUGUUUGGGGGCUCAGAGAUAUAUCCAUAUAUUGGUAUCCAUAGAAAAAAUGUCACUAUGUUUACCCAUAAUUAUCGUUUACACAUGAUCCACGAGUCGUUUUGACGACGCUGUAUGUAUGCGUGACUACUGGCCUUAAUCAAAAUCAUUCAUUGUUUAAGUACGUCAUCAAAUAAAGUAAUAUCAUCCGUUCCAU